AUGGGCGGUCGAAGGGAUCAACCUCUUGCCAUUGACAAACUUUUCGGUUGCCACAAUGGACCUUCGAUCACUACGGUGGAGCUGGCCAAGCGGUACGGCUACACGUUGGAAACCCACACGUUCGUGACGUCGGACGGCUACGAGUUGGUGCUGCACCACGUGGUGGCCAGCAAGAACGGCACCCGCGGAGGCAUUCCCGUCGUGUUCGGCCACGGGCUGGCCUCCAGCGACGAGCAGUGGUACUUCCGACCCGACGGACUCGUCUUGAUGCUGGCUGAUCGUGGCUACGAUCUCUGGACGUUCAACUACCGCGGCAGCUUUUACUGCCGGAAGCACCAAACGUUGACCACAAAGGACCAUGAUUUCUGGGACUUCAGCUGGCACGAGAACGGCGUGGUCGACCAGGCCGAGAGCAUUGACUACGUGCUGCGGGCGACGGGCCGCCCCAAGGUGGUGGCGGUGGGGCACUCCAUGAGCUGCACCGCCCUGGCCGUGCUGCUGGCGGCCAGGCCCGAGUACAACGACAAGAUCAUGGGGCAGGUGCUGCUGGCGCCGCAGGUCUACAGCAAGCACGCCACCGGCUUCGUGGCCUACGUCAGCCGCUUCAUCACCAUCGUCCCCGGUGGAGAGGCAGGUUUCUCCACGUAUGUCGAAAACGACCUGUUCGCCGGCUUCGAUAAGCCCUUCCCCCAGGCCUGCUUCCCCUACGACGACCCGAAUCCCAGGAUACUGCCGUACUGUCGGAGCUUGAUCGAGUUCGUCAUGGGCAAGUUUCACGAGCCUAUCGACAACAAAAACAUGCAGUUGAUCAUGCACCAUUACCCUGCUGGCUCCUCUAUCAGACAAAUGCAGCACUACGCGCAGGGUGUGAACUCAGGAAAAUUUGCGCAAUACGACUACGGGAAGGACAGGAACCUGGACCUGUAUGGACAAGAGACGCCGCCAGAGUACAACUUGACGAACAUCAGGACCCCCACUUACAUAAUAUACGCGGUGGGAGACGGCUCUGUAAACUGGAAAGACGCGGAGGCCUUCGCCAAAGCCCUGAACCCAGGGGUCCUCCAGAGACUUCACAGGUUGCCUCCAAAGGAGUUCUGCCACAUUGACUAUGUCAUCGCUCACGACGCAGGGGAGCUCGUGUACAAGCACGUCUUCGAGUACAUCGACGAAAUCAAACAGAUGGUGGUGGAACAAGACUGAUUUUUGGCCCGUCCCGUUUAUUUUUUGUAAAAAAAUGACGGAGGGACG